UUAUGUUUACUUCUUUGCUGUUUACGGUUUAGCCGGGUUGGUUGGCGGGCUGUAGUUAUAUAUAUAUAUAGGUAUACCUAUAUUAUACAAUACUCUUUUCUCAAAUACACACUUAUUUACUCCUCGCCCAUUCGUUGUUUCGCAUCCCUUACUUCUAAGGCGUAGCUGUUGAAUGCUGGUUGACGGACUUCCAUUUUAAAUAUUUGUGAAUCGUUGAAUUAAAUACGAAAUGGCUUCCGAAAUUACAAACAAUGGAAACGGUGAAAUGUCAAAGGAAGAACGCAAGGUUUAUGACCGACAAAUCCGGCUGUGGGGUUAUGAUGGACAAAAAAAGUUAAGAGAAAUAAAGGUACUUUUAAUCGGAAUGCAAGGCUUAGGCGCAGAGAUAGCCAAAAAUUUAAUAUUGUCUGGUGUGAAUUCUAUUACCCUGAAAGAUCAUACAGAAGUGUCUAUACUAGAUUGUUGUUCGCAGUUCCUCAUCCCGCGUGACAGCCAAGAACGUAAUCGCGCUAAAGCAAGUAUGAGUGCUGCUCAAAAGCUUAAUCCAAAUGUCAAAGUCAUUGUGGAUACAACACCUAUUGAACAAAACGUUGAUAGCUUUGUUACCUCAUUUGAUGUUGUCAUAGCCACUGAGUGUUCUCCAACUACUUACAAGAGAUUGAGUGAACUAUGUAGAAAAGCUAAAGUGAAAUUAUUUAUAGCUGAUGUUUAUGGUUUAUUUGGAUACUUCUUUCAAGACGUUAAUUUCAAGCAUAAUUUGUAUGGUGAAGUGUUUCUAGACAAUAAGAUCUAUACUGAUUCUCUUCCAGCAAAAAUACCACGGGCAUAUUUUUUGACUUCAGCUUUAUUAAAAUUUCAAUCUGAAUCUAACCGUAAACCAAAUCCUGAUACUUGCGAAGAAGAUGUUGAUGAAUUGAAAUCCAUUGUUAAUCCAACUUUGGAUCAACUUAAUAUUAGUAAUAAUAUAUUUGAUGAAUACUAUGGUGAGUUAUUUUGCGAAUUGAGUCCAACAACUUCUAUUAUUGGUGCUAUGGUAUCCCAAACUGCCAUAAAAAAUGCAAUGGAUAAGCCUAUUGAAAAAUAUAAUGUAUUCUUUUAUGAUCACAUUGAACAUGAAGGACAAUUUCAUUUGUUAUAAACACUUAAAAUCUACAUAAAAGUAAAAAUAGACUGUCCUUAAAUGUACUCAAAUAAUAGUAAUUAAAUACUCUAAUAUUAAGAUUUGAUUUAAAAAAUGUUUAAGUUAACUGUUAGUAAUAAUUGUUUUUUUUCUGGUUUCAUUAAGGAUCUUAUGAAUUUAUAAGUUUUGCAUAUUUUUUUUUUUAAAUUACUAAUAAAAUCAAUUUAAAACUUCA